AUGCACAAUCGUGCAAUACCACCUAGCUGUAAAGCAACCAAAGGAGCCCAGCGAAUGUUAGAUGGCUCCCUUGCAACUAAGAUUCCUGAAUUUACGAAGUCUGGGCUGAUGGAUUAUAUUGUCGAGUUAAUUGUCUCUGAGGAUGAGGCAUUCCAACUCAUCAAUAAGGGACCAUUUCGCCGCUUACUUCAAUACCUCCAGCCCUCCCUUUCAGACAGGGAUAUCCCCCAUCGUACGAAGACUCACAACAAAAUUCUUGAAUGGGCCAAGGUGAGCACUGUGUGUUGUACGGAGCAUGCCUUACACUUAGCAGCCAAGCACUUUGUUGAGGAGGUUGCUCCUACACCAGCAAGUGUUCUCCUCAAGAACACAACCACAGCCAAUGAUGAUGAUGAUGACAAAGACAAAGAGACUGAUUUUGAUGUUGCUGACACUGUUGGAAAAGCACUUGCACUUGUCACACAGUGCUGUGCUGAGGUCAAUGAGCCCAACCUGGAGCUCUUAAAAUGGAUUCGCACUCAAUGGGCCUCGCUGUUUGGCAUGUUGGAGCACACCCUCAAGUUGCAUAAGCUUGUAGAUGAUAGCAAUGAAGUUCCAAACCUGCAGGGCAAGUUGUAUGGCACAUUCAAGCUCUCAGCCAAGGAAUGGAAGAAGCUAGAGUUGAUGCAUGAUGUGCUUCAGGAGCCUGCAAAUGCUCAGCAAUCAUUCUCUGCGACUCGCAAACCCACUGUAUGGCAUGCAAUCCUGGUGCUCGAAUUCCUCCAACAAACCUGGCAAAAUAUGGCUGGGUCUUCAAAGUUUGCCAACUUUUCAACCACCAUUGACUCUGGCAUCGACAAUCUUCACAAGUGGUACCACAAGAUCAAUGAAACUGAUGUCUAUUUCAUUUGUCUUGCACUUGACCCUAACUACAAGAUUGCAUAUGCAAAGAGUAAAUGGGAGCCCUGUGACUUCAACAAGGGCAUGAGAUGCCUACAGAUCGUUUUCAACAAAUACUAUCAUCAUAAUUCCUUGCUGGAUGCAGAGCCUGCUGUUGUGGCUCCUUCCUCUCUUUCAAGGUCGUUAGAUUACAUGUGGGCCUGGGUGUGCAUAUUACUUCUGAGGGUGUACAGUGACCCUAUCUUGGGUCACAGAUUCCAUGGAUGA